AUGAUCGCAGACAAGAAUAGGCAAGCGACAAAGCACGACUCCGCGAAAAGGCACAGGGGCGUGUGGCAGUUUGAGCAGGCCAAGCUGAAAAUAGCCAGGACCUUAUCCACCACGGGACAGACGCACAUAUACAAGAAAGCGCCCGCCUGCCUCUUGUUCAGGAUGGUGCAACUCAACACAUCCUACUCUCUUGACCUGUCCGAGCCCAACUCCACGAGUGCAUCCGAGAGUCCCAACACAGCCAAGAUGACUGCCCCGAGCCAAGAGCGUGCGGCUGAACCGUUGAGAGGGUAUUCCAACCGGAUUAUUCUCACGACAUAUCCCGGCCAGAGCGUGGUCAACCCGAUCAACCUGCAAUGGGGCGCGGCCGAUCCGCAGGAGCGGGGCCCGAUCCUGGUGUCGCGCAGCGGCGAGACGCUGAUGCGGCGGAACGCGAUCGGGGCGCACGGCGGCAGCUACUGCGUGUACAGCGCGCUGGCGAUCGCGUCGGGCGAGCUCCCGCCAGACUUCCGGCCGAGCUUUGAGAACACGCAGCCGACGUUUGACUUUCCACAACAGCCGGCAUGGGGUGAUGCGGAGAAGAUUGUGUCGAUGGACCCGUUUGGCCACGAUAUUGUGCGGCACUACCAGCAGUACCUGGACCGCGGGCUGGACGUGCGGCCGACGAUUGCGAUCACGCGGGCGACGAUGCGACUGGCAGAGAUCUCAGAAGCGGUGCGGUCGAGCCGGGUACCGGUCGACGGGAGCAUCGUGCUCAACGCGCAGGGUGACGUGCGGGUGACUAAGUGUGCGGUCGAGCCGGUGUGGUACCUGCCGGGCGUGGCCAAGCGGUUCGGCAUCGACGAGGGCACGCUGCGGCGCACGUUGUUCGAGCACACGGGCGGUAGCUACCCGGAGCUGGUGACGCGGCCGGACAUCAAGGUGUUCUUGCCGCCGAUCGGCGGCCUGACCGUGUACAUCUUUGGGCCGCCCGAGUAUGUCGGGGACGAGAGCCGGAAGCUGGCGCUGCGCGUGCACGACGAGUGCAACGGAUCCGACGUGUUCCAGUCGGACAUCUGCACGUGCCGGCCCUACCUCGCCUUUGGCAUCGAGGAGGCCAUCAAGGAGGCCCAGAACGGUGGCUCCGGCGUCGUCAUCUACUUCCGCAAAGAGGGCCGUGCCCUCGGCGAGGUCGUCAAGUACCUCGUGUACAAUGCGCGGAAGCGUGGCGGCGACACGGCUGACAAGUACUUUGCCCGGACUGAGGGCGUUGCCGGUGUCAGAGAUAUGCGCUUCCAAGCCUUGAUGCCCGACAUCUUGCACUGGCUUGGCAUCAAGAAGAUUGACCGGAUGCUGUCCAUGUCCAACAUGAAGUACGACGCCAUUGUGGAACAGGGAAUUCCCAUCCUGGAGCGCAUACCGAUCCCAGACCACAUGAUUCCGGAGGACUCGCAUGUCGAGAUUGACGCCAAGAUCAAUGCUGGCUACUUCACAAACACACCAAAGGUGACAGAAAAGGAGCUUGUCGAUGUCAAGGGUCGGGGCUGGCAAGGCUGGGAGGAUGUAGCACAUUAA